AACUGUCGUAAACUGAAAACAUCUGCCGUGUUUUUAUUUUCAAUGACGAAACCCGAUGAAACUUUAAUGUCGAACUGCAGUUUCCUGUCGUUUAAAAACAAACUUAAAACACAUUAUAGCAGCACUCGAUACGGGAUCUGAAAACAUCGUUUCCAGCUUUCUGCAGCCUGGUUCCAUCUGGUGAUGGGUUUUUGUCAACCAGUCAACCUAAGAGAUUAUGUAUCUCAUAAUCCUCCAGGGGUGACUUUUUUCCUGUGUCUCUUCACUUUGUCCAUUUCCUUCAUAUGCCUUAGUUUUUACAACUACAAUCAUACUCUGCCCAACCCAGACACACUGAAGGACUGGAACAAGCUACUUUCCUCCUUUUCACAAUUUUACUUAUGUGAAAAAGUAAAUGCAAGCUCAUUUUUAGAAAUGUCUUCAGUUCCUCCUCCUCCAAUGAACCAGGAAAAGGAGGAAAAGACUUCAGUUAGUUCGACAACGAGUCCUCCUGUUACUUUUUUGCAUCUCAGGGUACCUGUGGCCGUGACUACCGUCUCACCAAGUCACUCUUUGAAAGGCUUUGGUUUACGCACCACCUUAACAGCCAGUCAGCUUCAUCUUGGAGACAAAGAAAAUAUGAAUUUGACAAUAGCGACUAUAUCUGGAAACACCACCUGCCUCACCAUAAGUGCUCCAACAUACCUUCUGCCCAUGACUUUGUUGCCUCCAAAGUGCCCUAUAACAGAGACAAAUAUUUCAACCAUCCAUGUAGAAGUGAGCAAUCAGCUGCCAACAUCACUGCAAACUUGCUACCGUCUGCACUUCGAGAAUGACCCUAAACUUAGAGUCAUGUUAACUAAGGAGGAGCAAAGUGUAGCAGUGCGACAUCUGCUGGAAGUCAGUUUCUGCAUUCUUGGUGUUUGUGUGCUGUUCUUAGCAGCUGUGACUCUGACAAAUUCAUUUACACGUCGGCACCAUUGGAAUGGGUUGGACCUCCAAAAGGAGCCCUUGAUUGAGAGCUAAUUGUUUCUCUUUUUGUUUUUGCUUUGUUUUUAUCCUGUACAAUGUGAAGUAAUCAGUUGAUGGUUGAAAGGGAGCCACUGCUCAGAGCCUGGGUCCCAGUGAUUUUUUACAAACAUUGUGGGUGACAGAAACAUUGAGAGUAGUACAGCUCAGUUUUGUAAAAACAGUCCUUUGAUGGUUUAUACAGUAACUUUGGUAAAAACUCUACAAGCCAGAGAAACUAUUUUGGGUAAUAUAAUUGUGACUAUCUCAGUUCAAUUGAGGUGACAAAGUAUGUUUAUCAUUUUUAUUUCAUAACUCAAUCAGUAACAAAAAUCAAAUAUAUUAGUCAGCUAACUUUUUUUUUUUUGGUUUCCAUGGACCAAUGACAUUGCUUGUUUUUUUUUUUUAAACAGAUUAUUGAAUGUGUGAUUUAAAGCAGCACAAUGUAACUUUUCCACCUUAAUAUAAUAUUUCCAGAGUCAUUGUGAUGGUACAUCAACUUACAACAGGUUUAAUGACACCUCUGUCAUGGUCUGAGGGGUCUGUAUCGCCUUCACUGGCACUAUGUAACUUGGAGGUGGAUGGUAGGAACCCUUCCACACUACUGGUAAAGCACUACCGCUUUUGUCCAAAGGAGCCGCCAAACUCAACAAAAGCUGAAAGUUACAUUGUGCUGCUUUAAGUGUUCCCUUUAUUAUCUUAACAGUAUAUUUUUUUAAUGAAUUUAUUUUCCAAUGAAAAAUGUAUUUGUAAUCAUUUCAAUGGUAAAUGUUGGAGUACUGUAAAACAGUGUUUUCCUUUUACUUGCCAUGGGACCAAAUGUGUCUUGCUCAAAAUCAAAAGAAAGGGCGUGCAAUGUUCAAUAAAAUUCUUGUGAAACAUUCUGUCCGUAAUUUCCUUUUGAUAAAAGGUUUACAGAUCACCUGCAUGUGUCGUGUGCAAUCAGAAACAAAUUGUGU